UUAUUUUAUUUUUUUUUUGCAGGCCUGUGGUUGACUUCAAUGAGGUAACUCUUCACUAUUUAGAGUGCAUCCAUGUACAUAUGGACAACACCAGACCAAAGGCAAUUACAGCCAUUGGAACCGUAACCCCGCAUCAGAACGAUAUGAAAGGAUUCCAGACUCCUCUUACCAAUCGAAUUCCAGGCAUGAAAUUUUCUGAAAAUGAAAUCCAAAAGAUGGUCCUUGCUGUUUUCAUGGAGCCAGCUAGCCUUAUGCGCGAAGAGGGAUUGCACACCGAUGAGGUCGCCCGGAGGCUCGAUUUGCCACCAGACCAGAUCAAGUUUGUAUUUUGCAUUCCCGUAAGAUUUCAAAAUCAGAUCUUUGUCACCUCUAAUUUGCUGAAAGUAUGAGGGUUUUAUUG